AGGCAGCAGCGCAUACCGGUCGACGUCAUUUCCUGCAACGGUGUGCUGACGGCUUUGGGUCGAGGAACUGCUUGGCAGCGUGCAACAGAGCUUUUGACAGAGAUGAGGCUGGAAGGAGCCAUGGCGUUGCCGUCUCCCAACGUGGUGUCCUUCAACGCCACGUUGUCCGCUGCAGCGCGAGGGGCUGAGUGGUCGCUAGCCCUUCAGCUCUUGAAGGAGAUGCAAAGUUCAUUUGUGUCUCCAGACAUCAUUUCGCUGGGGGCAUCCAUCAAUGCCUUCGAACCCAGCAGGUCUUGGCAACAGGUCUUAGAACUCAUAGAUGACUUCAUGACAAUGGCAAUUGCACCCGAUCUCCGGGCUUGGAAUGCGGCCAUGACCUGUUGCAUUCGUGGCGAAGUCUGGCAUCGGGCAGUGCAGAUGUUCAGCACCAUGGAGAAGCACCUGCUGAUGCCCAAUGAGGUCUCCUAUAACGCCCUGCUGAGUGCUUGCGAGCGCGGACAGCAUUGGGAGCCGGUUCUGCGGACCUUGGAGGAGAUGCGCAGGGCGGAGGUUGCGCCAGAUGUGGUGACGUUCAACACGAGCAUCAGCGCCCUACAAGGUCCACAAUGGGAGACAGCGCUGCAACUCUUCCACAGCGCUAGUUGUGAGGUUCAGCCCAACGCGGUGACAAUGGCUGCGUUGAUUGGUGCCUGUGGCGAGGGACUUCAAUGGCAAAGGUCCUUGGAUCUCUUCUGGUGCACAGAGCACUGGUGCUGUGAGGCACCCAACGAAGCUACCAUCGUCUCGGCCAUGGCAGCUUGUGGCUCCUGCAGUCAGUGGCGCGAGGCGCUGCAGCUCUUCGGCGAGCUUGAGCGGCAGCAGCUGCCACGGAACGUCGUUUCCUACUCAGCCGCCGUCGCGGCGUGUGCGAAGGCUUCUGAAGUCGGACAGGUGGAUCGGCUGAUGCAAGAGAUGACGAAUGCUUCCAUCGAAGGCAACGCGGUGACCUUCACCGCGCAGCUGACCGUGCAGCUGCGCAAUGGCUUGGCUUCGGCCUUGCGGCUGUUUGACAAAAUGCGACAGAAAGCCAUCACCGCCGAUGCCUUUGCCUUUGACUCCCUGGUGGGCGCCUGUCAGCGUGACGCCGCAUGGGCAGAGGCCCUUGGCUUGUUUCAGCAGUUGUGUGAUGAACAUGGACCCACGGUUUUAGCCUACAAUGCGACGCUGUCGGCCUGUGAGAAGGCCACCCAGUGGCCUACAGCCCUGGCCCUGCUGGAGCUACCAACAGAAUCGGUCCGAUCGGUCCGAAACGACGUGGCGGUGGAGCUGGCAGUAAUGGCCUGCGUCCGGGCUAAUCAGCCAGAGAUUGCCGCCAAGCUCUACCGUGGCACCGGCGCUAGCAGCGCGAACGGCGCUAGCGGCGUGCGCAGUGUGUCUGUGCGGCCGGGCUUCCUGGAAACGAAAGCAUCGGACCUGGUGACCUUUAAUGUGAGUGGCAAGAUCUACCAGUUGUUGCGUGAGCCCACGCUGAGUUUGCACCCGACUUCGCUGCUGACGCAGAUGGCGGAGGAGGAACCAACGGAACAACCAAUCUUCGUGGAAGGCGACCAAGAGCUUUUCAAGUUCGUGAUCGAUUACCAUCGUGACCGCAAGGUGAUUUUGCCGCUGACGGUCUCGCGCUCGGCGGUGCUGCGGGAGCUGCAUCGCUACGGCUUGGAGGUGCCCAAGGAGCGGAUCGUCGAGGACGAGGUGUGCUUCCCGUCGGUGAUGAGAAAAGUGACCGGUUGGAGUCAGACGCUCGGCGGACCUUCGGAAGGAUCCAGCCGGUUAAAAGGGGAUUUGGAUGAACUGAUGGCUAGGAAGAACCACCGCCGGAAGACGGAGACCCUGGCGGCGCUGCUGGGGUCGCUCUUCGCCGAUGCCGCCGUGGCCAAGGCGGCGCAGGAAACGGGGGAAGGCUUUCGCGUCUCCACCCGUGAAGUGGCAGACAUGAUGGGCGUCAACGAGCAUGACUCGGUCUACGCCCGACUCUUCCGCCACGUGCAAGUGUCGCAGCUGGAAGCGUCGGAUAGUUUGUUGGACUUCGCGAGUUCCUUUGGAUAUUCCUUCACCGUCUCUGAUCUGGCUGCAGGAUGGUUUGAUAUCGCUUUCAAGCCCAUCUGGUAG